CUAGGUUAGCCAUGUCCUCCAUCUUUUAGACAAGCCUAACCUAGUCUAACCUAGGUGCCAGCCGGGGUGACACUUUGAUCGCCUACGGGCUCCGUCUUAUCAGAGCCAAUCAUGACUCUUUCCGCUUCCGACAAGGUCGAUCAUGAGCUUCCAAGUGCCGCACAGUGGGCAGUCUUGAGUGGGGUUGGCAUUAUGAGAACGGAAGACGCAGACAUGUAUCGUAAACGCAACAGUUGGGAGACCGUGCCGCAAUUGCGAUCCGAAGAGAGCGGCCUAUUGAAUGACAUACUUCUCUGAAAGUCGCACGCAGCACACUUGUCUUUGAAAUUGGAUGGGAAGAAGAAAAAUGAUGGGUCUGGUAACAGAUGAUGCCCGUUGUGCUGCUAUCCGCGAUGCUUGGAGCUGUGACUCUGUAGAUAAAGCGAAAGCAUUCAUGAAUGCUCAGGGAACACAGAAUACAUUGGUGAUCGAGAACUUCGUGGCAAACGGUUACAAGUCAUCAACAAAGCAUAUUGAUGCGAUCAACCCAAAGACAGGACGUAUCUUCGCGAAGGUACCUGUCAGCAGCGCCGAAGAGGUUGAUGCGGCCUUGGCGAGUGCGACAGAUGCGUUCAGGACAUGGAGCAAAACUACAGUCGCAACUCGGUCUAAACUCUUGCAACGAGUGGCCCAAAUUAUUCAGGAGAACAAGGAAAUCUUUGCAAUAUGGGAAAGCAUCGAUCAGGGAAAGACCUUGGCUCGUGCCAGAGUGGAAGUAGACCGUGCCGUCACGAAUUUCAACUAUUUUUCAUCAUUCAUUUUACAUCAAGAAACAUCGGCAAGAAUGAUCGAUGGUGUUGCCUUGACUUAUGAGCACCGUUCUCCGACUGGUGUUUUUGCGUUGAUCUCACCUUGGAAUAUGCCUUUAUACCUGCUCACAUGGAAGAUCGCACCAUGUCUCGCAUUUGGAUGCACAGCGGUCGCCAAGCCCUCUGAGGUGACGUCAAUGUCUGCAUUUCUCUUGUCCGAAGUCUUUCGUUUAGCUGAGCUGCCACCGGGAGUUGUAAAUGUGGUAUUUGGGGAUGGUCCCACCACCGGAUCAGCACUAGUCAAGAGUCCUCUCGUGAAGGGAGUGAGCUUCACUGGUGGAACCGCAACAGGUAUACAGAUUAGGAGAGACACUGCGGAUCAGAUCUACAAACACUUGUCGCUUGAAUUAGGUGGCAAGAAUCCUACUCUCGUCUUUGACGAUGUAGAUCUCACCAAGGCAGUGGAAACUGCAGCAAUGGCAGCAUUUGAAAACCAAGGAGAGAUUUGCCUUUGCGGCUCACGCAUCUAUGUUCAUUCAGAUAUCUAUGAAAGUUUUGUUUCAGCUUUUACUUCAUAUGUCAAAGAGAACUACCACCGGGAAGGGAAAUUGGGAGCAGUCGUAUCAAUUUCUCACUACAACAAGAUCAGAUCGUACUUAGAGCUCGCUAUCUCUGAAAAGGCGACGUUCGUUGCAGGAUCGCUACCAAUAUUGGAUCCCCAGGAGGGUUUGUGGAUAGAUCCAGUCAUUCUCACGGAUGUUCCCACAUCAUCGCGUAUCAUGAGGGAAGAGAUCUUUGGUCCUGUCGUGACUAUUGCGAAAUUUAGCUCUGAAGAGGAAGCCAUCGAGCUCGCCAACGAUAACCCCAAUGGUUUAGCCGCCGUGCUGCUAACUAAAGACGGUGCAAGAAUGCGUAGGGUUGGUGAGCAGAUUGAAGCAGGCUUGGUAUGGGUAAAUUGCUGGCUUGUCAGAGAAUUGGGAACACCUUUCGGUGGUAUGAAGAACUCAGGCACAGGGAGGGAAGGAGGUGAAUAUAGUAGGCAGGUGUUCACAGUUGUGCGGACUCUACAUAUUCCAAUGUAACUAUGUAAGGUAACAAUAUAAGGUAGGUGUAUGUAUUUAAGAACAGAAAGAUACGGAUUGAUAAGCCUGUCAGUGCCAGUUGAACAAUAAUUGUGGUUAAAUAUACAGCGCGACAGAUUCAAAAAUUAGAUUGUGG